ACCCCGCAGCCUCUACCCCUCACAGUGCUCUGUCAACACACUUGGCUUCCUUUAACACUCACUGGUCUCACCACAGAUCACUUCUAUCACCAACAGCAGCAUCUGUGUCAUCUCGACCGAAGAGGAAACCAACAAUGUCCGGCCUCAUCAAAGUGCUCCUGCUCCUGGCUGCUGCUGUCUGCAUCUCUACAGCCAUGCCUAACGAAGCCGGACAGAACUGUCUGUGUCAGAAGACCUCUAAUACCACUGACGGGUCAAAGUUAAAGGACAUCCAGAUCUACCCGGCAACCAAUUUCUGUGACAGAGUGGAGAUUGUUGUCACCACCAGGGCAGGCCGUCGCUACUGCCUGAACCCCCAGUCAAAAGUAGUGAAAGAUAGAUUGAUUCGCAUCAUCAAAAAACCCAGUCUGUCCAGCUGAUUUUCCUUCCAAUGGCAACAUGUGGUUCUCUUUCACUCCUUCGAUAAACAUAUGACCUCUGACCCUCUAACGAAAGCACUUUCAGUGAAUGUAGACGUGAAAUGAAUUCAAAUUUUUAUCUAUUUAUCGUCUAUUUAUAUUGAUUUCUCUGUUUUAUCUUACUUUCUCUGAUUUGUUUUGUAAACA